GGUGUUUUCGCGGCAGAGCGCGCAGAACUUGUCCAAGAAAGGCCUUUACAGUUGCGGCGCAUGCAUAUAUAACAUUAUGCGUGACCUGGUGGAUGGAAAUCUGGCUUGGAAAGUGAAUUAGGUUGUCAUGAAGUUGACUGCGCUAUGGCAUGCUAUGGCCAUGUCUUUUUUGGGGGACGAUGUUUAUCAUGGACCUGCUCAGCUUGCGUAGUCCUCACCGGUUUAGACUUCGUUCUUUCUGAUGUGUUGAGGCUAAAGCCAGCUCUUGGACACCAAAGCCCCAACAAAAAGCUGGGUUCUUUCCCUUGUUGGUAGCGGGUUCGGAGACCCUGGGUUCGCGCAGCGCUCUCUCCCGCGGUUGGACGCCACGGGUCUACCCGUCAUGGAGUCGGGGUAUCAGCGGCUGGACGUGUCCGAGCACCGAAGAUGUCGUUGUUCCAAGAUGCAGAAGUUCGUUUGGCUGACAGGAUUUCUUCUUGCUCUUGCUUUGCAUGUGGUAGUAGUACCUAGCAGCAGCACUUGGUUGUUGGCGGUCUACUAUGCCUCAGUGGGCUUCGUGGUUGUUUGGACCAUCUUGCUCUACCUGAUGGAAAAGGCGGAUGUACCAGACUUGACACCCAUCGAAUGCAUCGUGCCCGAGAAGAUUUGGUGUCGCGGGUACUUGGUGAACAUCUCAGGCGCCAGCUGCUACUCUCGAACGACCAUUAUUCACUUGAACGAUGGCAGCUACUGCGUUCAUUCGCCCUGACAGUCUCCUAUUUGUUGGCGCCUGGGGAUUGGCACCACUUCCACAUUGCCGCUUGGGCCCAGCGCUUCCAGACUGCAAAGGUCUUGAUUUGCCCUGGGGUGGAGAAGAAACAGCCAUUACUGAAUCACAAUGGCUUCAUCCAUGACUACAUCGCCAGCGCUGGCAAUGAUGAUGCCUUAUCCAAGGAGUUCGAGGCAGUCUUUUCAGCCGGCUUCGAUUUGAUGCAUGAGGUCGUGAUGUAUCACAAAGUAACGAGGCACUUGCUGUUGGUGGACUUAGUCGAACAUAUUGGUGAUGACUAUGUGGGCUACAACCGCUGCUUGCGGCUUUUCUGGUGCUUGUUCGGUAUGUGGAACCAGGGCAAGCCAGCACCAGAGUAUCAGUUUGGCGUCGGGAAGAAAGAUGAGGUUCGUCGUUUCAUGCGAGAGAUUCUUGAAGGCGACUGGAAGAUCGAAGGCAUCAUUUUGUCCCAUGGGAAUAACUUGCUCCAUGUCACCAACGAGGAAUCAAAGGAAUUCCUCCGCGGCGCGUGGAAAGCGAUGUUAUGAGUGUUCAGAAACAAGACCGAUCGAUGAUGCCUUUCGAGUUGUCG